AACGCAAGCAGGACUUCUGGUACAAACCAUCAGGCACUUGUGACGGACAUCCUGUUUAAAAAGCCGACAGUUUAUAAUAUCUGUGGCUACUGGCACUAAGGAAUCAAAUAAGGUGUAGUUUUAAUCGAAUGUUUGUAAUGCUUCUAGAAAGGUGAUCUCAGUCCAUAUUUGCUUGACAUCUUCGACCAUGGCUUGUACUCGGGUCACUUUUCAAGUGAGGGGAACAACCUCUCCAGGUGAAUUUUUAGCAGUUUGUGGCAGCUGUGGGGAUCUCGGAAGCUGGCUUCCAAAUAAAGCUGUGCUCCUAGAGCAAGAUACAAAUGAUUGCACACUGUGGAAAAAAGCAGUCGCUGUUCCAAGAGGGGCACCUUCAAACUAUCGUUAUUUUAAAGGCUUUUUUCUGACAUCGAAGAAUGCAGGUGAUCCAUGUCCAGUCAUAGUCAAUAAGUGGGAGACCCAUCAACAUCCACGAGCAUUGAAUCCUUCAGAACCAGAGCUGCUUGUUGAUGAUGGCGAGUUUGGUUUUUAUAAUGACCAUGAAUGUGUAGAUUCAGGAUGGUUAACAUUUCAGACUGAAAUUCGCCUGCGACUUCAUUACUCUGAAAAGCCUCCAGUAUCAAUUUCAAAAAAGAAGUUUAAGAAAUCCAGGUUUAGGGUGAAGCUGACAUUGGAGGGUUGUGAAGAUGAUGAUGAUGAUGAUGAUGAAGAGAAACUGUCUCCUUCCUCCUGGCACAAAAUGGCAACCACUCUGGGAAUCUCUUUAAUCGGCAAUGGUGAUUAUAAGUCCCGCCACUCCCAGCCGGAUUUUGGUUAUGCUUUAGACCCCAACCUUUGGACUGAGUACAGCAUUCAUACCAUGGAUCCAGAUAACUUGGAAUUGACAUUUGAGUUUUUUGAGGAAGAUUUGAGUGAGACAGUAGUUCAGGGAGACACAGUGCCAGGCCAUGUGGGAACUGCUUGCCUGUUAUCUUCUACUUUUGUGGACACUGGUAAAAACACUGGAUUUGUCAUACUUCCCAUCAUGGCUAGGAACUCCAGACAGACGAUUGGAAAAGUGAGAGUUGACUACAUUGUAAUAAGACCAAUUGAAGGUCAGAUAUGUGAUAUGAGUACUUCAUUUACCAAGUACUGGAAAAAACGAACUGCUUUGGAUGUGGGUCAUAGGGGAGCAGGAAGCUCCUCACAUAUGGACAGAUAUGCUAAAGUCAGGGAGAAUACAAUUGCUUCCUUCAAAAGUGCCGCAAGUCAUGGUGCUGCUUUUGUGGAGUUUGAUGUGCACCUUUCCAAAGACAGAGUUCCAAUUGUGUACCAUGACCUUACCUGUUGUAUAUCCAUGAAAAAGAAAAGUGAUAAUGAUUCCUUAGAAUUAUUUGAAAUCCCUGUGAAGGAGCUUACGUUUGACCAGCUUCAGUUAUUAAAGUUGGCUCAUGCGGCUGCAGUCAAGGUGAAUGACCCUACAGAAUCGAUUUUAGAUGAGGAAGAAUAUAUUGCAGAGCACCAGCCCUUUCCUUCACUUCUGCAAAUCUUGCAAGCUGUACCAGAACAUGUGGGUUUUAACAUUGAAAUUAAAUGGCUCUGUCAACUAAAAGAUGGUACCUGGGAAGGAAACCUGUCCACCUACUUUGACAUGAACCUGUUUCUUGACAUCAUCCUCAAGUGUGUGCUUCAAAAUGCAGGGAAAAGAAGAAUUGUGUUUUCCUCAUUCAACGCAGAUAUUUGCACAAUGGUUCGUCAAAAGCAGAAUAAGUACCCUAUCCUGUUUCUGACUCAAGGCUUUUCUGAAGUCUACCCAGAGCUAAUAGAUCUUAGGUCUCGAACCACCUCAAUUGCAAUGAGUUUUGCACAGAGUGAAGACAUUUUGGGAAUAAAUGUGCACACAGAGGAUUUGCUGAGAAACCUCGACUACAUAAAGGAGGUCAAAUCAAAAGGUUUAGUCCUUUUCUGCUGGGGUGAUGAUAACAAUGACCAUGAAAACAGGAGUAAGCUCAAAGAAUUUGGAGUCGACGGACUGGUUUAUGACAGGAUCUGCGAUGCUCAGCCUGAGCAGCCUAACAUAUUCAAAAUGGAGCAGCUAGAAGGUCUUAAGGAUAGCAUACCAGAAGAAACCCUGAAAAGCUGUGCCACUUCCAGUAUUUGCCUGACUUGUUCUUCUGUGUGCUCCUGCAAGCAGGAGACUGGUAGCACAGAGUCUGAUUCAGGACUCAGUAAUGCUUCAUUUUAAAAUGCAUGAAACAUUAAAUCUGUACAACACUAAAACUCACAAGCUCCAUUGUAAGUGAACAUUAAUGAUCUGUUUAGACAAAUUGCCCAGUGUGUCAAUUCCUUAAAAUAAUGUUUCCAAUCUGUUUAAAGCUAUUUAAAAGGGAAUAUUGUAAUUGGAAACCUCCCUCAAUACAAUCCAGUCCAUUUUAUGAUGUAUAAUGCAUGCAUUCAUUCAUUCAUUCAUUCAUUUUUUUAAAAUACCACUGCUGUUUUGAAUCUAUAAGAGUUUGUUAGUUUUGCCAGGUGUUCAUCAAAUUAUUGAGUGGUAGAAACUGAAAGGAAGAAUGUGUCAUGUUUAACUUGCCUUGCCUUGUACUAACUUGUAUUUGUGUACUGUAUAUACCAGAACUUCUGGUUAUGAAUGCUGUUAAAUUAGUGCGAAACAUUGCUUUUUAAACAAAUUAUUGCCUCUUACUAGCUUUUAUUAACAUUAUUAUAGGUCUCCUUAUUUAUUGUUUAUUGUGCUCAGAACCUAUUGUAUUCCUCACCUGUGUGUUUUUUGUUUGUUUUAAAAAAAAAAUCAUUUUGGACAUGCAAAUAUUUCAAAUAAACUGCUCAAGAUAUAAACUACUGCAUGCUGGUAGCUUUGCUGUAGAUCACAUAUCUGAUUUGCAGCUAGACUGUUGGUGUGAGUUUAAACUACAACCCAUAAAGUGAAACAAUCAAUGUCAUCUACAGCAUUGUAUUAAAAUGAAAUAACAAACCAGCAGUUGAGCAGGAUAAUGCUGAUUUUGCUUAUAAGAGGUAUGGAAUGUAUUUUGAAACCUUGGUUAACUCUGUUUUUACAUAACAGAAAUAAUGAAUUGUCUUAUUGACUGUACUGUAUCUAUUAAAGUGCCAUUUUAUUGUAUGCAUUCACAAAUCAUACAAUGCAUUUUGUUACAUCUGUAUAUACAGCAAUGUGAUUGAUUGCUUGUGUGCUACCUAAUAAUGUACACAUGUAUAAUAUGCAUUUUACUUGUAAACAAGAACAAGUUAUUUAUGCACUUGUUGAUGUACCUGAAUUUGUCAUUUCUUCAUGUAUAAAGUAUUACAUCACUGUACACAGUAUUUGUGUUUUCUCUGUAACCAUCUAUGCAUGAAAAUGUACUAUAGAAUGACCUCAAAUACUUGAUACUUCCCAGGAGGUUGUAGGUUAUCCCGUGAGCACUAUGGCUGACCACUUUCUCCUACAAAGUUUUCACAAACAAAUAAAAUGCUGUAAAAGUUA